AUGCCCUAUGAACAAUACAUGACCAGCCGGCGGGAAUCCGUCGCCACUAUGGAGUCGACCGGUCACCAACAGACCAUUAGUACCUAUAACCCUCUAAGCCGGCCGGCGUCCAUGGGACUUCCUUCGCGCAGUAAUACCAAUAACAUCAACAGCAGGGUAGGACAAUCAGCAGGAGAGAGCGUCGAUCUUCGGAAGCAGGCGGCACAGAAAUUGGCGCAAAAGCAGCUGCAAUUGAGGCAGCUGCAGAAGCAGAAGUUGAAGGAUCAGCAAAGGAAGAGUGGUUUGCCCCUUUUCCCUACCGAGCGAACCAGAGGUGCUAUUGGACCCGGUACCCUUCAACCAGUCGAUAUCACCAAGAUCGAUCUGAUGCCGAUCGAGGUUAGCCGCGCCAUUAUCAUUAAGUGUAUCGACGAGAUCAAGUUGAGAGGAUUGAAGCACAAGUACCUCUUCAGGAAUGCCUUUUACAGCCCCUCAGUCGAGGCAUCACUCCAGCUGCUAAAGAACCCCAAGAAGCGCCAUCUCUUCUCUGUCAAGGCCCUGCGCGUCGAUACCGUCGGAGGGCUACUGACUACAGUCCUCUCGCGUACCUACCCACCCCUCAUUCCUCCCGAUAUCCAAGAGAAGUUUGAAAAACCCAAUGGCCGGUUCUUCUUCGAGCUCCUGGGUCUCCUCCCAGAACUCAACCGCUACCUUUUCGUCGAGAUCUUAGAUCUCUGCUGCGAAUUAGCAGACGGCCAAUCCGAGAACCACGUCUCCCAUUCAAAGCUGGCCAUUUAUCCGGGGUCUUGCUGCUUCGGACUCGAAGAGUACAUGCCUACUUGGGAUACGCGGUAUCUCAUGACGCCCGACCUCAAAAAGUUUUCAGAAGUGUUUUAUAACGUCAUCUAUGCGUAUAGGGAGGAGCGGGAUUUGUCGGCGGAGGAGUUGCAGAAGAAGGUGGAGCUGAGGGAGAAGGUGAUGGCGGAGGAGCGUUUGGAGAUGUUGGAGCAAGAGCAUGGAUUGGAGGGAGCGCAGAUUAUUUUGAGGAUGGAGGCGAGGGUGGCCCAGGGUUUGCCAGCAGAGUCGCCACCUAUCCCGGUUGUGCCGACGUCACCUUCGGAUCUGAAAGAGGUCUCGCUUUACGCGGGGAGGAAGGAGAAGGUGGUAGCAGAUGAUGCUAUUUCGGUUCUGGAGAUGGAGAUUGAUCAGAACGAGAACACCAACGAUAACAACGCCAGCGGCUCUGCUACGGAUGUUUCGAGAGAUGGACGUACGCAGGACAGCGGAACAGAAGACGAUGGAGACGAGGAGGAGGAUGUCGAGAAGGUGAUGGCUGAUUUGAGGAGAAGCGUAUCGGUCGCUAUGUUGGGAUACUGGUCCGACAACAACAACCGCUCAGCCUCGUCCCUCAGUGCAACAACCACCGUCUCGGCCGCCUCAUCCACUUCAACCAUCGCCUUGCCACAACAACACAGCUAUACCCGCUACACUAACACCACCAACACCACCAACACCACCGUCAACACGCCCGCCAAAACUGCGGCAGCUGCUGCAACAAGACCCCGUCUGGCACACACAAAGUCCCUGGCUCGCUUCGGUUCCAUCGCCCAAAACCAAUUCCCCGUCUCCCCCGGCGACAUUUUCGGAAUCAGUCGUCAUGCGAUCGAACAACGCGAACUACAACAGUUCCUCUCCGUCGCUCGAACCUUCAAACGUCGCAAAUCUUUCGGGACCAAGAACGGUGGUAAUAACGGCAGCAAACGGAUCUCACAGUGGCGUCUUCAGAACAAACGACUCCGUCCAUUGUCGCCUUCCAGGUCGCCUGCCUUUGGAGCUACCCAUUUAGCGGCUGGCUCGGCACCUCUGUUUGUUCUUCGUCGGACUCCUCGCCAACACAAUGCCACGUUGCUCCUGGCUGCCAACGGUAGCAGCAGUCGUUCUCACGCGGACUCGACAGAUUCUUUACCAACAACAACGCCAACGCCAGUUCUCGUAUCGGCAACAAAAAGUCGCCGUGGCAGAACUCGCCAAUUCCGCAAGGAACUCGAAGUCUACCUCUCCCAAGGACUCACAAAAGAAGAAGCAAUCCAGCAACGCCGACAAGAUAAACACCGUCGCAAACGCGCCGCAAAACGCGCAAAACUCGCCGCAGCCCUCGAACGUGAAAGGGCCGCCAUCCGCGAGGCACAGGCCGCGGUUGAACGGGAACGGGCGCUGGAACAGGCACAGGAACAGGAGAGGGUGAAGGUGAUGACGUUGGAAGAGACUGAGGUGCUGGAGGCGUUUGAUUACUUGACCGAUGCCGAGUUUGAAGAGUUUAUGGUUCUCGCCGGUUUGACAUUGGCGGAUGUGGAGCGGAUCCGGGAGAAGGCUGCUACUGCAGCUUUGGAGCAGGUGACGGAGGACAUUCAGGCGACCGACCGUGUCCAGGCUGCCACUGCUGCUGCUGCCGCCAUUGCCGCAGAGAAGAAGGAGGCUGCCGAGGUUGUUGUGGUUGUUAAGUCCAUUGUUGUUGAGACUGACGAGACCAAAGAGCAAGAUAUUGCUGCCGUUGGCGCCGAUAUCGCCCAGCAGCCCGUUCAGACCGAGGCUGGUGUUGUCGCUGCCGAUAUCAAGGAGACCCCUGAAGAGCAAAAGUCCGAGAGCACCACCGCAGCUACUAUUCCUGCUCCUGCCGCAUCAACCCUCGCCGCUCCAAUCGACCACCAGAGGAAGCGCCCAAUCACCCCCCAGCACAUGACAUCCAUGGAGCUGUUGAUCAAGAACACGGCCGUCAUCGGCGACAGCAAUCUUCGCUGCUACCCCAUUAUCCUCACCACACCUUCGGCAUCAGCCAUCGCGGCCUCUGCUGCCAUCUCUGCAGCUGCCGCCGCCGCCGCCGUCUCUGGUGGACUCUUGUCACAGGCUUCCACCGUUAUGACCACUCUCCCUGCCCAGGCUACCAUCAACGAGGAAGAAGAUGAAGUGGUCGAGAUCAGGUCGCGAGAUGUGGGAAUGCCCGGUAACCGAUCUUCAGUGUCAUUGUUGAUCACAAAAGGAAUCCCCCACCUCGAGAACCACCUCUCCUCUUCCUCAUCCGCAUCUGCCACCUCUUCAUCCUCGUCCUUCGUCUCCGCCGCCUCCGACGACGAGGAUAACUAUGAAGAUUCCAUUGAAGACUAUUCCAAUGACGACGACCAGGAAGACGACGGCGAAUACGCCGUAACAGCAACCUCAACGACAUCCACUACAACCGUGACAACAACAACCUCAGGGAACGUCCAGAUCUUUGAAUUCGAAACCGUCGUCGAAGAAUCCGAUCCCUAUCCAUCUAACAAUGUCAUGUACGACAGUGACGGCGAAGAACUUGAGAUCCUCGACGUCAACCAAAACAACAACAACAACAACAACAACAACAACACAAACACCAAUGACCCCUUUUACGGAAUGGAUGAAGAAGAGGCUUCAGAGUUGCGAGAGCUUCUGGGAUCCAUGACCUCCGAAGAAAGGAGCGAGUUCCUCCGUCUCUCUCGUCAAGACGACAACAACAACGACGCAGGUUACUUGACCACCUCUGCCAUCGCCACCGCGUAA